GCCGGGAGCGUAGCAUCUGCAUUUCUAAGAGCUGGGCGCUGUGGGGAUUAAUAUUUCGGAGUUGAACGAGCCCCCGCCAGGCCCGUUGUUGUCGAGCGGGAACGUCGGCCUCAGAGAUGGCUUUGAGUAAGUCAAUGCAUGCAAGAAAUAGAUACAAGGACAAACCUCCUGACUUUGCAUAUCUGGCAUCCAAAUACCCAGAUUUUAAACAGCAUGUUCAGAUGAACCUGAAUGGAAGAGUAAGUCUUAAUUUUAAAGACCCUGAAGCAGUCAGAGCUCUGACUUGUACUCUCCUAAAGGAAGAUUUUGGACUUUCUAUUGAUAUUCCAUUGGAGAGACUAAUUCCCACAGUUCCCUUGAGACUCAACUAUAUCCAUUGGGUAGAAGACCUGAUCGGCCACCAGGAAUCUGACAAAAGUACUCUCCGAAGAGGAAUUGACAUAGGAACUGGGGCCUCCUGCAUCUACCCUUUACUUGGAGCAACUUUGAAUGGCUGGUAUUUCCUUGCAACAGAAGUGGAUGAUAUGUGUUUCAACUAUGCCAAGAAAAAUGUGGAACAGAAUAACUUAUCUGACCUAAUAAAAGUGGUGAAAGUACCCCAGAAGACACUCCUAAUGGAUGCUCUCAAGGAAGAAUCUGAAAUAAUCUAUGACUUUUGUAUGUGCAAUCCUCCCUUUUUUGCAAACCAGUUGGAAGCCAAGGGGGUAAACUCUAGAAAUCCUCGAAGGCCUCCACCUAGUUCUGUCAAUACAGGAGGAAUCACAGAGAUCAUGGCAGAAGGAGGUGAAUUAGAGUUUGUUAAAAGGAUCAUCCAUGACAGUUUACAACUUAAAAAACGAUUAAGAUGGUAUAGCUGUAUGCUGGGGAAGAAAUGCAGCCUGGCUCCACUAAAGAAAGAGCUUCGCAUCCAAGGGUGUCAUGUACCAUCACCACCAAGUAAACGAAGAAAGUUAGAAAAACCAAGGAAACCCAUUACGUUUGUAGUGUUGGAGUCUAUGAUGAAAGAAUUAGCCCUAAAAGCAUCCUCUUUGGGCUCUGAAACAGUGGAGGGCAUCGUGGUUGUGACUACCUGGAUAGAGAAGAUUCUCACUGACCUGAAGGUCCAGCACAAACGAGUUCCCUGUGGAAAUGAGGAAGUGAGCCUUUUCCUGACAGCCAUAGAAAACUCAUGGAUUCAUUUAAGGAGAAGGAAAAGAGAGCGAGUGAGACAGCUGAGGGAGGUUCCUCGAGCCCCUGAGGACGUCAUUCAAGCCUUGGAAGAGAAAAAGUCCACCCCUAAAGGGUCAGGCAGCAGCCAGGAUAUGGCCCAGGCCCCCCGGGAGAGUGCCCUUUGUGGGUCUGCUCUGCCUGAAGGCGAAUCUGCCACUGUGGAUGGCCACUGCCCAAGUCAGGAGUCACUGUCCCAAGAGGAAAUCCCAGAAGCCAUGGAGGAUGAAAGGAGUGAGGAAAGGGGAGGGAUGGCCGCUGUGGAAAGCUGCAUGGGCUCCAGCAAUGGGGCCCAGGACCAAGAGGCUUCUGAGCAGUUGGGAAGCACCGUGGUUGAGAAGGCAAAGCACCUCCAAGGAACAGCUGGACCGUACCUGUUCAAGUGUUUGAUCAAAGUUAAGAAGGAAGUAGAUGACACAUUAGUUGAAAUGCAUUGGGUUGCGGGCCAGAACAGAGAUUUGAUGAACCAGCUCUGUACCUAUAUUCGUAACCAAAUUUUCAGGCUUGUUGCCAGUUAACUCUAAAAUUCUUGCACAGUUAGAGGUGUCUAUGCGACUGGGAGUGUAACUGAGUGGCAGAGUGUAUUCUUAGGAUGCAGGAGGCCCUAAGUUCAAUCUUCAGCACAGAGAGAGAGAGAGAGAGGAAAGAUUUAUGAAACAGCCUACUUUGGAGGAACCUGUUGGGUAGCACUAUGAUAGCAUCUUAAAAAGCAGAAACCAGUCCAUCCAUUUUAACCCCCUCCCAACUUCUUAAGUCAUAGCUUUUAUAACUUUUGGGAAGAACUGUGAUUGUCAACAGCAAAAGGCUGUCAGUAAACUCAGAAGGGAUGUCAAGCUCAGUCAGGCUGGUCACCUCAGCUUUGGACUAGUUCUUUUUGAGGCCAGAAGGACUGUUUAUGUCAUCUAGUCUGGCCAGUGGUCAACAUUACCGAGAAUGCAAGGAGAGUUGGAAUACUCAUCCUAGACUGGAGGCAGUCCAGUGGGACUGAGGCCCAGAAGGCCUUCAAGACUGAAGCUGGGUUAAUAUGAUUGGCUAGUACUGUCCAGACCCCCAGAGAGGAGUUGGUCCCAUAGUAGGUUGCAGGAGAGUCAGGGAGAGAGGCAUUAGUUAGGCCAGGCAGAAGGACCCAUCUGGGAAUGCCUAAGAAACGGUGCACUCCUGGCUUGAUGCUGCUUGGAUGUUGCCCAUUUCAGAAGCAGAAUUAGGUAAGCAACAUUCCGAUACAUGACUGAGACUUACCAGUGCUCCUUUCCCCAUCUCCACCCUGGUGAAAGUACCAGAUGUGGCAGUUGUAUUGCUUUGUGAUUUUUGUUUCAACCUGUGAAGUGGAGCUUGUUUUGUUUUUAAUAUAUGAACAUUCAUAAUAGAAAACUGUCAAUCCUGUUUGGGUCUUGGGGUUAGGGAAAAUAUUUUCUUGCCUUUGAGUGGGUAAAUGGUUGAUGAUAGAAAUGAGAAAGAGAACAAAGUCUGAAGCUCCGUGGUUGAAUACUCACCGUGUGCAUGUGAAGUCCUGGGCUCAGUUGCCAGCACUGCAUGAUUCUCUUACAGGUGUGAGCCCCCACACCUGGCUUCCUCCUGCAAUUAUUUCUGAAAGCCCCUUGAACAUAUGUCUGUUCACAACCUCCUCUAGGGAGGAGUGGGAGAAGUUAGACCCAUGACAAGGGAGUGGGAUCAAUAAUCCAUUUCAAAUAACCAUUAUUCAAUUCCAGCCAUUCAACAGGAUGCAGAAACCCAUCAGGGGUCCACAGAGUCAAUAUUCAGCCCAGAGCCUUGGGUUCCUCCCAGGGCCUUAGAUUCCCUGCCUCUAGUAAUGUUUGGUUCUGCCACACUUAUUCCCUUUUCAUGUUUGGGUUGUAUAUGGGGCCCAGACCUAGCUUUUUUUUGAAUGACAUUUUAGGAUCCUUGAGUUAUAUGGCAACCAUCAGUAAGUAGUCAAUAAGUGUUUAUUGUUUUGCUUAUUGUUAUUGAAGAGUAUCAUAAGCUCAAAGAUUUUCAAAGAUUUAGCAUAAAUGCACUGGAGAUGUGGGUCAGUGAUAGAUGGCUUGACUAGCAUGCAUACAGCCCUGGGUCCAAUGCCAGCCCUGGGGGAAAUCGCUCCUGAUCUGGCCUUCUCUAUCACAACCACUGUGGGUCAGUGAUCUGGAGAAGACAGGUGGUGCCAGCUGACCAUACUUCCACUAUCUAUUUGGUUUCAUAUUGUACAUCUUCCUUUAGUAAGUGCUUUUUUGUAUGUUACAACAGUAGUAUUGUAUUUACACUGCUUGCCCGAUGAGAAGGUCCUCAGGCAGAGAAUCAGGCUUCUUGCCUAUCUGUAGGGAUUUUCAGAGAACAGUGUAUGUGGCUAGAAACUCAAGAAAUUGUGUCUAGGUCUUUGUAUGAUCCAGGCUGGAGGCAUGUUGUGGAAGUUUGUGCAGGAGUUGAGGUAAUGAUCCUAGAAUUAAAAAAGAAAUGUGACAAGGAUGAUGUCCAGAGUCUGGAAAACUAGAGCUAUGAAUGCCUUCUUCACCUUUGGAUGUCAUUUCCUUUCUCUGAGGAGAAAAGUUUAUUUCUCAAACUGUCUGAUGAGAGACACUGAGAACAUUAAAGAGAUUGUUUGCAUUCUGCAUGGCUUUCUAGUCAUGAGAUGUUUGUGAAGGCAUAUUCCUUCAAUGCAGGGGAAGAAACCAUUUAAACAAAUAGGUUACCAACUCACAUGUUCAGUGUUGGAUAACAGUCUCCCUAAGUGUCCGAGGUCAGCUUCAUGUUGGUCUUGGUAGAUUGGUAUGAAAUUAAAUCUUGGUGGAAUUAUCUUAAAUUCUAUUCUAGUCCCUGGCAUUGGCUUCUGAUGUCUUGAUAGCUAAAAUGGGAACAGAGGCUGAGCUUGUUUACCAGGGAACUAAAGCUGCUUUUGUUCUUUGGGAUCUGCUUUGGUUUUAUCAGUUUGGUUCCUUCGCCCCACAUCCUUGCCCACUGUUCCCACUGUAGAGCUUUGCCGCCUGUCCUGGCAUGUCUGGUUGUUUUGUGAAGGAGUUUGAGCUAAUCUUAAGGGUUCAUAUUGAUUGCUUUAGUAUAUGUUUUUUGCAAACAUAAAACCUCUCUUUUCUUGAUGGAAAUCAAAGCUUAUCACGUGAGUACACCAGCUUCAAGCCUCUGACAAAAAUAUUAAAGAUGCAAGGUGUAGAAGAAAUGAAAAAGCCUGUGGAAUGUCUGAGGUCUUUUAAGAAAGGGAAUUAAUGAAUACUUGACUGGUUGUUGGCGCCUCUUAUUUGGCCAGCAGCACUUCCUUCUGCCACCACAUAGGGGCACCCUCAGUCCUCUUAUCAAACGCCUUAACUUCACUGUGGAAAUGGAUAAAAUUGUGUCCAUGGAAUUUUCUUGAAAUACCUAGUUGCUACCCAGAUAAGUAUUUUUAUGUAAACAAAUACAAUUUUACAUUAAAAUUUUUGAAAAAUAAAA